AUGAAGAACGUAAUCUCCAUCGCUAUUGCAAUGCUAUCACUCAGUGUGGUUACUUUGGCCUACGUCGGCCCUUGCUAUAAUGCAGCUGAUCCUGACGCGGGAGUUGGAAACUACUGUCAGUGUGAGGAUGGUUGCUACGCGCCCGGAACAGGCGCGAAUGAUUGCGCACCUCCGGGAGUGGCCCUCGGGUUUUGCCCCUAUUAA